AUGAUCAUGAACCAUGCUCUGAUACCACCUUCUGUAACAUCCCCGAUGCGAGCUAGACGCAGCCGCGCCGAGCAGCGUCACAGUGUGUCAAAAUUACCAUCGACGGUCCAUCCUCAAGGCCAAGAACACAUCAAGGCCGAGCUUUUACAAAACACACUGCAAUCUACUCCGGCCUCCUACGUCCAAGCGCCAACUACACCACAGCUACGGUCACCUGCAACAAACAGAGUCAUCAUAACGCUCACUAAGCUACUACCACCAAAACUACGUGGUAAUGGCUUCUAUCAUGCACGGAUCUCCCCUCACCGUGAUAUCCGCGUCAGAGAAACACACAGUAACCCUAACCGGACUCUCACACCGAUUCUUGACACUUCCAUGAUCAAGAACUCGGCCCCCGACUCUCUUGCCAUCGCCGACAAGAGACACCCGGGCUACACCGUCGUGUAG